AUGGCGCAGGCGGUGGAGGAGUGGUACCGGCAGAUGCCCAUCAUCACGCGCUCCUACCUCACCGCCGCCGUCCUCACCACCGUCGGCUGCACCCUCGAGAUCAUCUCGCCCUACCACCUGUACCUCAACCCCAAGCUGGUGGUGCAGCACUACGAGAUCUGGCGCCUCGUCACCAACUUCCUCUACUUCCGCAAGAUGGAUUUGGAUUUCCUGUUCCACAUGUUUUUUCUUGCGCGCUACUGCAAACUUCUCGAGGAGAACUCAUUCAGGGGAAGAACAGCUGACUUUUUCUACAUGCUCUUGUUUGGUGCUACUGUCCUGACUAGCAUCGUUCUGAUUGGUGGGACAAUACCUUACAUUUCUGAGACAUUCGCCAGGAUUCUUUUCCUCAGCAAUUCAUUGACGUUUAUGAUGGUUUAUGUCUGGAGCAAGCACAAUCCCUUCAUUCACAUGAGCUUCUUGGGUCUGUUCACCUUCACUGCUGCCUACUUACCUUGGGUCCUUCUUGGCUUCUCUAUUCUGGUGGGGAGCAGCACAUGGGUUGAUCUUUUGGGUAUGAUUGCUGGCCAUGUGUAUUACUUCCUGGAAGACGUGUACCCUCGGAUGACCGGUCGGCGUCCCCUGAAGACCCCUUCCUUCAUCAAGGCGCUGUUCGCCGACGACAAUGUGGUCGUGGCGGCCCGCCCCCCCAACGCCGGUGUCGCGGCUGCAAGGUUCGGUGGUGUGGGUGCAGCAGACCCCCAGUUCCAGUGA